CAAACUUCUGUUUCAAGUCUUUUUCCUUUUCUCUUCUCUUCUCUUCUCCUUUUCUUACUUCUUAACUUACUCAUUUCUGCUCAUCAACCUCAUCUCUCCUAAAAAACAAUGUGUGGUAUUUUUGGCUACUGUAAUUUCCUCUGUGAAAAGUCUCGUCGUGAAGUAUGUGAUACCCUUUUGAACGGUCUUUCACGUUUAGAAUAUAGAGGUUAUGACUCUGCAGGUUUUGCUGUUGAUGGCGAUAUUGAAGAUACUCUUAUCAUCAAGCAAGUUGGUAAAGUUGCUGCUUUAAGAAAGUUGACCGAUGAUCAACCCCUUGACUUUAGCAAGCCUUUUAUCAGCCAUUGCGGCAUGGCCCACACCCGUUGGGCAACCCAUGGUCAACCUUCUCAAAUCAAUUCUCAUCCUCAGCGCUCUGAUGACAAGAAUGAAUUUGUUGUGGUUCACAACGGUAUCAUCACCAAUUAUAAGGAAAUCAAACUUUUAUUAGAGAAGAAGGGUUACGUUUUCGAAAGCGAUACUGAUACUGAGUGCGUUGCUAAGUUGACUAAGUACGUCUUUGAAUCUCACAACAAGGAGUUGAAUUUUACCGAAUUAGUCAAGACUGUUGUUAAGGAAUUAGAAGGCUCCUAUGCUUUCAUCUUCAAAUCCACUCAUUUCCCUAAUGAAAUCGUUGCUACUCGUCGUGGUUCUCCUCUUCUCAUUGGUGUCAAGACACAAAAGAAACUCAAAGUUGACUUUGUCGAUGUUGAAAGUAGCGACAAUAGCUUUGCUACUGUUGAAGGUCAAGACAUGUCCCGCCCCGCUUUGAACCGCUCCCAAUCCAGAGCUUUCUUGAGCGAAGAUGGUUUACCUCAACCCAUUGAAUACUUUUUGGCCUCAGAUGCCUCUGCUAUUGUUGAACACACCAAACGUGUCUUGUAUCUUGAAGAUGAUGAUAUCGCUCAUAUUGCUGACGGUGAACUCCACAUCCACCGUGUCCGUCGCUCCAAGGAAGACAAUACAGCCCCCACUCGUUCCAUUCAAACCUUGGAAAUCGAAUUGGCCGAAAUUAUGAAGGGUUCCUUUGAUCAUUUUAUGCAAAAGGAAAUCUACGAACAACCCGAAUCUGUCGUCAACACUAUGCGUGGUCGUGUCAACUUUGAAAACCAUGAAGUCACCCUUGGUGGCCUACGCGGUUUUACUCACAUCAUCCGUCGUGCUCGUCGUAUCAUCUUUGUUGCCUGUGGUACCUCUUACCAUUCCUGUUUGGCUACUCGCUCUAUUUUUGAAGAAUUGAAUCAAAUCGGUACUCAAGCCGAAUUGGCUUCUGACUUCUUGGACAGAGAACCCCCUAUUUUCCGUGAUGACGUUUGCGUCUUCGUUUCUCAAUCUGGUGAAACUGCUGAUACCAUCUUGGCUAUGCGUUACUGUCUGGAACGUGGUGCUCUUUGUGUUGGUGUUACCAACACUGUUGGCUCUUCUAUUUCCCGUGAAACUCAUUGUGGUGUUCAUAUUAACGCUGGUCCCGAAAUUGGUGUCGCUUCUACCAAGGCCUAUACCUCUCAAUACAUCGCUUUGGUUAUGAUGGCUAUCCAACUCGCCCAAGACUCCAAAUCUUCGCAAAAGAGACGUGAAGAAAUCAUUGACGGUCUCUACCGUUUACCCUCUGAUAUCAAGGAAGUCUUGGCCAUUGACGCCAAAUUACAACAGUUGGCUGUUGAACAAUUAGCACAAGAAAAGAGUUUACUGAUCUUAGGCCGUGGUUAUCAAAACGCUACUUGCUUGGAAGGCGCUCUUAAAAUCAAGGAAAUUUCUUAUAUUCACAGUGAGGGUAUCUUUGCUGGUGAACUCAAGCACGGCCCUUUGGCUUUAAUUGAUGAAACCAUGGCUGUUAUUCUCGUGAUGACUCAAGACAAAUAUUACCCCAAGGUGCAGUCCGCUCUUCAGCAAGUAUCUGCUCGUUCUGGCAAUCCAAUUGUCAUCUGUAACACUGGCGAUGAAAACUUAAAGAACCAUCAUAGAACCAUCGAAGUGCCCAAGACAAGCGAUUGCUUACAAGGAUUGGUUAACAUUAUCCCUCUUCAAUUACUUUCAUAUCAUCUUGCGAUUUUGAAGGGCGUCGAUGUCGAUUUCCCUAGAAACCUUGCCAAGUCUGUCACUGUUGAGUAGAUCAUCAUUUGGACUUAUAUAUAUCAUAAUUAUAACCAACAUUGAAAAAAAAACUCGCUUCUUCCUUUGUAUGUAUUCACCUUUUUGUCACCAUUCGUCCCCAUCCUUUCGUCCAACUUUCCGCUACUAUUUUAUGUAUACACACACAUCUUAGCAACCCAACUACAUUCCUAAAGUAAUAAAAGUCAGUUAUUCAAGUCAUAAAGUUUCGACAUGUAUCACUUACCAAGAUUGGAUAUACUCUUUCUUUU